AUGCAAAUUCUCAAAGAACUUCCAUUCUACCCACACCACGGCCUCAAAGUCAAAGUGUACUCGAAGUCGGACUUUGAAAUUGCCGAGCUCUUAAGAGGAGGCCACUCCACCCACAAGCUCCCUCUUGAUGGGUUACUUGGCUUCCAUGCCAUUCGUUUCGCCACCUCCAACGCCAAGGAGAUGGCCCGCUUUCUUGAACUUUCCCUUGGCUUUAAAGAAAUUGCCUACAGAGGCUUGGAGACAUCAUCGAUCGUGCUUGCCUCCCAUGUAUUGAAAAAGGGAGACUGUGUGUUUGAGGUGAUCAACACCUUGAGCAGAGGCGACUCGAGACCAAAUUCUAGUAAGUCGUUUUCCUCCCGCUCAGGAAGCAGGUCUCGUGAAAUGUUGCCGGUGACGCUUAUGGUUCACGGCGGAGCCACGUCGUUUGAAGAACUCGGAAGAGCUGCCGAGCAAUUGGCUUACGACGCUUUGGACGCCAAAGCAAUCGACACGUUCGUGAAUAUCCACGGAAUGGGCGUCAUGGACGUGUCACUCGACGUGUUGGACGUGAACAAGGCGUUCUUGAGGGCAACUGGCGCCGGCGCCACCAUCGUUAGAAGGCCAACCGUGAUUACAGACGAGUUCGGUAGUGUCAAGGUGGCCGUGAUACGUAUUCCUGGUUCUGACUUACGUCACACUUUGGUGGAAAACUUGACCUACAAGGGACCAUUUAUGCCCUUUUACAAGGAGUCAAUGGUGCCCAGCUUGCCCGAAGAGAAUCCUGUUCCACUCAUAGGAAUUGACCACUGCGUCCAGAACUUCACUUGGAAUCAAAUGGACGACUACGCCAUGUUUUACGCUGCCGCCUUUGGCCUCCACAAGUUCUGGUCGGUCGAUGAGCAAGACGUGUCCACUGGUGCUACUGCCUUGAAGUCAGUCGUGAUGGCUUCGGCCAAUGGAAAAGUGAAGAUGCCCAUUAACGAGCCUGCCAAGGGGAUCAUGAAGGGCCAGAUCGAGGAAUUUUACGAAUUUUACAAGGGGCCCGGCGUCCAGCAUAUUGCAUUGAUAACAAGAGAUAUCAUUGCCCUGGUAAAGGCCAUGCGUCUUCGGGGCAUAGACUUCAACACCAUUUCGGACGCCUACUACAAGAACUUGGAGGAGCGAUUAAACAAGGACUCAAUUAAGCUCUUUGAGUCGUUUGAGGAAUUGAAGGCCCUCCACAUCCUCGUCGACUUCGACCUGGCGUCAAAAUACCUUCAUCGAGAUGGCAGCUACCGUUGCCACUACAUCCUCCAGAUCUUCACCAAGCCGCUUCACGACAGGCCCACGUUAUUCUUAGAGAUCAUCCAGAGGCACCAUCACAACGGCUUCGGCAAAGGUACUUUCAAGGGCUUGUUCGAGACCAUCGAAGCCCAGCAACGUCUCCGUGGUACUUUGGUCCCGUCCGCCUUGAUGUGA